UCCGGUCCGUGGCACCAUCUGCCGGCUUCCUCUUCGCGGAUCAGUGGCUGCUAAGUCUUGGGCCAUGUAGGGUCUACGCGGUCCGGGCCGGCUUUUUUUCCUCUAAAGAACUGUCACCCUCGGAAAGCCGCGAGAGGUGGCUCGGAAGAAGAAACGCGUCACAGCGUCUCCGAUAUGACGACUUGGCCGUUUUCCGUCCGAAAAGUCGAGACCUGACUUAAAACGAGCCCGAUUCGAUUUUUAUGGAUACAAAUAUCAUGAACCAGCUCUGCCGGGUCUGUGGCGAACCAGCGGCUGGAUUCCACUUCGGCGCGUUUACCUGCGAAGGAUGCAAAAGUUUCUUUGGAAGGACGUACAACAACCUGAGCUCGAUUUCGGAGUGCAAGAACAACGGGGAAUGUGUGAUCAACAAGAAGAACAGGACGUCGUGCAAGGCUUGCAGACUGCGGAAAUGCCUGCUCGUCGGGAUGUCAAAGAGCGGCUCCAGGUACGGAAGGAGGUCCAAUUGGUUCAAGAUCCACUGCCUCCUCCAGGAGCAGGGUGGUUCCGGGGGUGCUCCGACGCCCCCCAAAUGGGACGAGGACAACAACAACGUCAAGAAAGAACCGCCCGUCUGGAGACUGCCGAUCCCUGGUGGACCUAUCUUCGGUUUUCCACCUCCGAUCCCUCCGUUUUUCCUACCCCGGGGUCUGCUGCUCCCUCCGCCUCCGCCGCCCACGCCUCCUCAGCCGCCGGCACCCGCCUCCUCCCUCGACAUCCUCAGGAGCCUCGGCCCAGUCCAGGACAGCCCGAUGGACCUAAGGCUCAGGAAGGACGAGGAAUCGACGCAGUCCGACAGGAAAACACCUCUGGAUCUCACGUGCGUCAAAACCUGACGCUCCGGCUCUUUUCCACCGGACGUUUUAUUUAUUUGUACGACCACUUUGUGUGAUUUUGUGCUCAAUAAAUCCGCGAAAAGUUGUGAUAGACGGUUUGUCAAAACGGAUCCGCCCUCUCUCGUGUUGAACAAAAAAUACAAUAAAAUAAAAUAAAAUAAAACAAGCGCCGCUACUUUCCAUUCUCAAAAACGAUUCUUAGUGAAUUAAAUAUAUCCUAUUUUCUAUAAUUUUCUUUAUAAAACUAUUUAAAAUAACAAAAUCAAGACAAUAAGUGCCAUUUUUUUAUUAUUGUUUAUAAAUUUUAUAGACGUAAAGAAGAAUUCGUCAUAAGGCCUCUGGCUCGAUUGUAAACGAGUAAGCUCAAGUCUCUAUCUGUAAAUAUUUUAGUUUUUUGGUACAUAGUUUUGUAAAUAGUGCAAUGUAUUUUUUGAAAGCGUGAUAUCAU